AUUAAUGAAAUAACAUGAAAAUCUAUUCUGUCUAAAAUCCAGUUAGACCAUCCAUACAAACUACUGUCACUGCUUAUCGCUAUCUCGUUGCAUAAAGUGUAACAAAAUAAUUUCCACGAACAAGUAAAAUCGCUUAAACCAUAUUAAUCAGCGUUGAAGCGUAGAUUAAGCUAAUGUACAACACGAGUUGCAAUAAUUUCCAUUUGCAUACAACGAAAGAAAAGCUCAGAGUGGUGUUGCACUCGAUUUCCCAGCCUGUUCGACCAAGCACCGACAGUUCGUCACAGCGACGAAUCGUGAAGAGAUAAUAUUGAUAUGCACCAUAGAAUUUUACUGCAUCGACGGUUUAAUUCGAUUGUGACCGCGCUUCUUAUCGAACGACGUUCGUUCAUCGGAGAAAUCGUUGUCGGCUCAUAACGAGGCGUAAACUUUUCAGCAUCGAAUUUCUUCUUUUUUUUUAUAUUACCUCAACUGACGUAUUCAGUCCCCGAAGAUUUCCUCCUUCUACCGUGUGUCAGAGACAGCCACGUCCUUCGUGAAACUCCUCGCACGUCACGAACCAGUGACGUACAUUUGUGAAACGACAACGGGUACGGUGGAAGAAAUCCAUAGGAUGCUACAUUUCCCAUGACUCUCCUAGUGGGACACGUGUUUGGAACUUUCGUUCUUUCCCUAGUGAAAUGUUUUUUUUACGGAUUACGUUAAUCAGUACGAGACUUGUUCAGCUUGGAAGUUCCAGUUUUAACUGCGACCUUCGGCAGACGCGCGGCGUCACCGGCAGUAGUGUCUGCGACAGUGUCGUAGAAUCAUGACGGUACCGUUAAUCUGUGUCUCAUGAACGACAUUUUAUAAAUCAGCAAUUCGUGUACCGCGUGCAAACAUCCGGUGGUAUGUGUGAAAAACUUAGCAAUUUUGAAUUUUCAAAUAAUUCCUGCUUUGUAACGAAAUCGUGUUUUCAAGCAGAGACGAAGAAAGAUAGUUGUCCAGCGAGACGCCAUGUUGUAGGCUGAUGAUAAUCAAGCGCUAACAAAGUGACCGCGUACAACAGAAAGGAUGAUUUAUACGAGUGCAUGGGCAUGGUGACAUUGGUGCAACACCAUCAGGAAACAGCACCGGACGAAGACCGGUAUCAGAAGGAUCAGGAUCAAGUUAUUAACAUCCCGACCGAGAAUCGGGACAGCGACGAUUGUCGCGAGGAAAUUGCCCACCCCCUCAAAGAUACUGCGGUUGUUGUCGCCGGAAAUGGUAGCCUCGCCGGUUCCUCUACGCAGUGCAGUGACGUAGAAGAAGAGGACGAUGAAGACGAGACGGACUCCGACGAAAGGGAAUGGAUACCCGAUUUACCGGUGCCUACAGUAUACCAGCAACACCAGCAAGUGUCCACUGCCGAUGGAAACGUGGUGUUGCCCAAUGCCGAAGCAUCAAAUUUUGGUGACGUGCGAGUAAAGAACUCGAGUAACGUGCAUCUCGGUAACAAGACGUUUUAUAAGGGACCGGUGACGAUAAAACAAUUUGUUUAUACCAACCCGGUCUCCGUACAGGAAAACGGUAACGUUAAGGACGACAAUGAACAAACUCACGAUGCCAAUGGCUCUGCUUCAUCGGCUGCUAACAAUAAGGAAGAUUCGACUGUCAAUAGCUCGGUACUAUCCCAAAGCCGUAAUAUUGACAAAGUAACAAAAUGGUUGUGGACCUGGAGAUGCGCCGCACUUAUGUGUACGCUUUCCUUAAUCCUUGUAACCACUGUGAUCGCCGUGAGUGUACACUAUACAAGUAACUCUACUGCACCACCAGCUCCUAUUUUCCCGGAAAUACCAGAUUCCUCGCUCGGAGGUGUUAAAGUGAAGAAUGUUCGUUUCGUCGAACGAAGCGAAUGGGGUGCUCAACCACCUUCGGUACAAUUGACGAAGAUGAAACUUCCGGUACCGUAUGUGAUCAUUAGUCAUACAGCAACUGAGUUCUGUACCACGCAAUCAGAAUGUACAUUUCACGUUCGUUUCGCGCAAACAUUUCACAUUGAAUCGAGAAGGUGGUCGGAUAUAGGGUAUAAUUUUCUUGUCGGAGGCGAUGGAUACGUGUACGUUGGUCGAAGUUGGGAUUACAUGGGAUCGCAUGCGUUUGGAUUCAAUAAUAUAAGCAUAGGUAUCUCCUUUAUCGGUACAUUUAAUUCCGUCAUACCACCCAAAAAUCAAUUAUACGCCGCUCAAAGAGUCAUCGAAUUAGGGGUUGAACAUGGCAAAAUUUCGCCGGAUUAUAAAUUAUUAGGGCACAGACAAGUCUCUCGGACCUUAAGUCCGGGUGAUGCUUUGUACAGUAUCAUCCAAACUUGGCCUCAUUGGUCAUCAACCCCGUGAACAAAAUUUCUUUCAUAUUUUGAAAUAUAUAAAAUUCACAACUCUAGAACAAAGUUCUAUUCGCCUAGAAUCUAGAACAAUGUAAUUUUGCCUAGCAUUUAUAUAUUCAUUUAAGAAUUUAAAUAAUUUCGCUUAAUAAAAUGACGAAUAUAUUUCAAUUAUUAAAUGGUAAUUUGAAAUGAAUAAGUGACUGCGAUAUAGAAUAUGCGUAGUAAUGUAUAAAAGAGAAAUAAGGAACUUGAGAAUACUGAUAAGCCAACGCGAUAUGAAGAUCUCUUUUGUAGAUAAGUGAACAAAAUUAUUAUGUAGACAUGUAAUAUCGUAUUCUCAAUUAUAAAUGUGAUGUGUA